AUGUCAACACAUUUCACGCGGCACUAUUUACCUUUAUUGACAUAUCCUGCUGUUGGUAAAACUUGCAAGUGCUUCACGGCCAUUUUGAUUUGCCCCUCGUCGGCUUCAGUGCUAAUAGCCUUGAAACGCCAUCAGAUUAAGCACAACCUCCGCAAAAAUAUCUUCCUUUGUACCAAAAUAUUUUCUAAUAAAAUAUUUGGCGCCAUCGGGUCCUUUUCAUUAAUAAGUAUCUUCCGUCCUGUGCUUCUCAAUUGUUUUACACUGUCAUUUUAUUCUUUAUUUUUCAUUUUCUUCGCCUGCUGUCGCUUUUUCUGUUAA